AUGGGCCCCUGUACCGCCUCCUCAUGCUGCUGCCAGGCCCGUAAUCUGCCAUGGGCCCCCGUACCGACUCCUCAUGCUGCUGCCAGGCCCGUAAUCUGCCAUGGGCCCCUGUACCGCCUCCUCAUGCUGCUGCCAGGUCCAGAGUGUGUCAUGGGUCCCUGUACGGCCUCCCAUUGCUGCUGUCUCCAUCGCCACACUCUGCCAUGUGCCACUUUCAGGUCUCCUCACACUGCUGGUGGGUUCCAUUUUUUCAUAGGGUGCUGUAUGGCCUCCCAUUGCUGCUGCCUCCACCGCCACACUGUGGCUCCACACUCUGGUUUUGGCCCCGUGACUGCCCAAAUGAGUGAAGUGUGCGGUGAUUCUAAGAUCGACGGCACUCAUCUGCAUGUCAUACUGACUGACAGUAUUAUUUCUCUUCCCCAGCAGACUCCAAGGGCAUUUAAAUUAAAGGUACAGUGUUCUGCACUAAUAUAA